GAAGAAGAUGUCAACAUUCACUUACCCCAAUUUUCCCUUCUCUCUCAAAGAAAAUAUGCAGCAAAAACAGGGACUUCUCAACUGUCAAUUCCCCAUUAUGUGGACAUCACAAAUUUCUCAAGAAUAACAUACUCAAUUUCCCCUCAUUUUCUGCUCCUAAAUCUGUCCAAUCCAUGAAUUUUCACAGUUAGGUUGAAUUUCUACGUCCAAUUAGUCUUCAUUUGCUUGAAAAUCUUGAAUGGGGUUUGUUGUUUCUUCCCUCUCCGCCUGAAUUUUCGAAUUGAUCAAAAUCCAUGGCUAAUCUUAAUCAAACUUCUUCUCCUUUACUUCUCUGAAUAUGGCUUCUCUUUCUCAUUUCCUCUAUCAAAAUUUGUUUUUGCCGCUGGCUACUGUAUUUGCCUUUGUUUCCCUCUAUUUGUCUCCUCUGUUCAACUCCAUCACCACAUUUGUCCACAGAUUAAGGUGGUGUAAGGCUCCAUUAAAUAAGAAUUCAGGUUUUAAAGAUGACUAUAAGAGAGUAGUAUAUGAUUUUCCAGAAACAGAGCAGCAGUUGGGUUAUGAAUCUAAUGUUUUUAAGGAUGUUUCUGAAUUCCCAAAUUCAGAGACGAAGGAAACAGAGUUUAAUUUUACAUUUAAAUUCCCAACCUAUGAAGAAUUUUGUAAAAGCAAGGAAGACAAGGUUGAAUUUGUUAGCUCUACAUUCAACAUCAAAUCGCUAACAAAAGCAGAGGUUGUUGAAACAGAGGAUUUGAAAGAAGUUCAUAGUAAUAUCGAGGCGAUAAAUGAGGAAGACAAAAAAGGGGAUUUGAGUAAUUUAGAGUGCGAUGAACAUGAAAUAAAUGAGGAAGAAAAAGUGGAUUUGUGUAAUUUAGAGUGUGAUAAAGACGAAACGGAGAAAACAGAGGAAAUGAAUUCCAUGAAAGAAGAAUCAGAUACUCGAACAGAACAAUUUCUGAAGGAACUAGAUUUUACUGAUGAUUCUCUGUUUCAAUCAGAAAAGGAUUCUAUAUCUACUGAUUCUGAUACUGUAUCAACUGGUUUUGAUCAUAUCUGUUAUCUGAUGAACAAAUUAGUUGAUUCGUUUAGUGAUGGCUUCUUGACAGACGAAGACUUUGGUGACGAAUUUGAACUUGAUAAUGUAAACGAUCCUGAAAUGUCAGAGGAAAAUCAAGAAUCUGAUGAUGAUGAUAGUAAUAGUGAUAUAAUGGAAGAGCUAAGGAAAUUAGAACAAGAUCAAGCACCGCAAUUUUUAUCUGAGGAUGAUUUUCAUGAAAAUUCUUACAAGCUAUUUGGUGAUUCCGAGGACUCUGAAAAUGUCGAGUCAAGAAAUGACGAUGCAAAUAAUUUGGAAACCUUGUGGGAACAUCAAGAAUUGAUGGAACAAUUAAAGUUGGAACUUAGAAAAGUUAGAGACACUGGACUUCCCACUAUUUUGGAAGAAUCAAAUACGCUAAAAUGGGAAGAUUUAGAGCCAUGGAAGAUUGAUGAAAAGUUGCAACGCGAAGAUUGUAUGAGUGAACUUCAUAAGUUCUACAAGAGUUAUAGAGAAAGAAUGCGCAAAUUCGACAUAUUGACGUACCAGAAAAUGUAUGCAAUAGGUUAUCUACAGAAAGAUCCACUAAAAGAUCCAUUUCAAUGUGUGUCAAGGCAAAGACGUGCAGGUCCAAAACUAAAAUCUCUUAUUUCACAAAAUAUUAAGCUAUUCAAACACAAAAGGCAUAAUGACAAUAUUGACCCUAUGAUAAAGUUUAUCGAAGAAUUGCAGAGUGAUCUUGAAGUGAUAUAUGUUGGACAAAUGUGUCUUUCUUGGGAAUUUCUACAUUGGCAAUAUGGAAAAGCUUUAAGUUUAUGGGAUUCUGACCCUCGUGGUACUCAUACGUAUAAUGAAGUUGCUGGAGAAUUUCAACAAUUUCAAGUUCUCAUACAAAGAUUUAUAGAAAAUGAACAUUUUCAAGGGCCUAGAGUUCAAUAUUACAUCAAGAGUCGAUAUGAUCUUCGUAAUCUUCUUCAAGUUCCUCUCAUAAGAGAGGACAGAGUCAAAGACAAAAACAAGGGUAGAGAUAGAGAGAGAGAUGAAUAUUGCAUUACAAGUGACAUGUUGGUGGAGAUAGUGGAAGAAUCAAUAAGAAUAUUUUGGCAAUUUGUUAGAGCUGAUAGAAAUUGCUCAAGCAUGAUGGUGAAGGGUAAAAAGGGAACACAACAUCAAGAGCUUAUUAAAGACUUGGGAGAUUUAGAGCUUUUAAUGGAGGUCCAAAAAAGUCUUGGAAAGAAAGAGAAGAAACUCAAAGAUGGUUUGAAAGGUGAGUGUUGCAUAUUGAAGAGGUUCAAGAAGAACAAAGAAAAUGAUUCAGAUCAAGUGUUGUACUUUUUCUCUCAAGUGGACAUGAAAUUAGUUACUAGGGUUCUUAAUAUGUCCAGGCUAACAACAGAUCAACUAGUGUGGUGUCACAAUAAAUUAAGCAGCAUUAGUUUUCUGCAUAGGAAAAUACAUGUAGAUCCUUCUAUUUUGCUCUUCCCUUGUUAAUAGUAGUCCUUAUUUUUAUAGCUUUUUUUUAGGGUUUAUUAUGAGCAUAUGUCAUCAAGGUCAUAUUUUGUAGAAAAUGUGAUGUUCUUUACUUGAGGUUGUUAAGAGUGCCAUUUUUCCUAAUAAGACAAAACCAAGAGACUUGUGUUUGGGAAAAAAAAGUUGUAAAAAUGUUGGACAAAUAGUUGUAAAAAUAUUGUCAAGAAUGGGAUUUGAACCCAUGCCCUUUCGGACCAGUACCUGAAACUGGCGCCUUAGACCAAC